CUGCCUCUCUCGGGGUGAGGACUAGGCGCUGAGGGGCGGCGGCGCGUGCGCAACGUCGUCGAGGUCUCAGAGGGGAGCUUGCUUGUCUUGUCCCGUCCGAAGCGCCGUCCAUUCCGUGAGUGGCGGUGCGAAGAGCGCUGGGGGGGCCGUGAUAGCGACGCACCCCGAUCCCUUCCCCCCCCUCCCCCAGUGAGGAGCGAGUCUCCGGCUCUGAGGAGGGGCUGGGACCGCGCCCCCAUCUCCUCCCACCCGCCCCGCAGGGGGCUCUGGCUUCUUUUGUGGAAACUUCUGCUACAGUGAGAGACCCUAAUUGCAAAAGUAGUUAAAAAUAGCAAAUGUGUCUGUCUGUCUUCAACUACUCCACACAUCCAUUUAAUAUUUUGGCUCCUGUAGCCAUGGCAAUGACGGGUCCAACACCCUGUUCAUCCAUGAGUAACCACACCAAGGAGCGAGUUACAAUGACAAAAGUGACACUAGAAAACUUCUAUAGCAAUCUCAUAGCACAACAUGAAGAACGGGAAAUGAGACAGAAGAAGCUAGAAAAAGUGAUGGAAGAGGAAGGUUUAAAAGAUGAAGAGAAGAGACUCAGGAGAUCCGCACAUGCCCGAAAGGAAACAGAGUUUCUUCGGUUAAAGAGAACAAGACUUGGUUUGGAAGAUUUUGAGUCCUUAAAAGUAAUAGGCAGAGGAGCAUUUGGAGAGGUGCGGCUUGUCCAGAAGAAGGACACAGGGCAUGUAUAUGCGAUGAAAAUACUACGCAAAGCUGACAUGCUUGAAAAAGAGCAGGUUGGCCAUAUUCGUGCGGAGCGGGACAUUCUAGUGGAGGCAGACAGUUUGUGGGUUGUGAAAAUGUUCUAUAGUUUUCAAGAUAAGUUAAAUCUGUACCUUAUCAUGGAGUUCCUGCCUGGAGGUGAUAUGAUGACACUGUUGAUGAAAAAAGACACUCUAACAGAAGAAGAGACUCAGUUUUAUAUUGCGGAGACUGUGUUAGCCAUUGACUCCAUUCAUCAGCUUGGUUUUAUCCAUCGGGAUAUCAAGCCAGAUAACCUCCUCUUGGAUAGUAAGGGCCAUGUGAAACUCUCAGAUUUCGGUCUCUGCACUGGGCUGAAGAAGGCUCACCGAACGGAGUUCUACAGAAACUUGAACCACAGUCUUCCGAGUGAUUUCACUUUCCAGAACAUGAAUUCCAAAAGGAAAGCAGAAACGUGGAAGAGAAACAGACGUCAGUUGGCCUUUUCCACUGUGGGAACUCCAGAUUACAUCGCUCCUGAAGUCUUCAUGCAGACGGGUUACAACAAGCUUUGUGAUUGGUGGUCACUUGGGGUCAUCAUGUAUGAGAUGUUAAUUGGUUAUCCCCCUUUCUGUUCUGAGACCCCUCAAGAAACCUAUAAGAAAGUGAUGAACUGGAAAGAGACUCUGACCUUCCCCCCGGAAGUUCCAAUCUCUGAGAAAGCAAAGGAUCUGAUUCUAAGAUUUUGCUGUGAAUGGGAGCACAGAAUUGGUGCACCUGGUGUCGAAGAAAUCAAGGGUAACCCCUUCUUUGAAGGGGUUGACUGGGAGCAUAUCAGAGAGAGACCUGCUGCAAUAUCAAUAGAAAUUAAAAGCAUUGAUGACACCUCAAACUUCGACGAAUUUCCAGAAUCGGAUAUCCUUAAACCAACAGUAGCCACAAGUAACCAUCCAGAGACUGACUACAAGAACAAAGACUGGGUCUUCAUCAAUUACACCUACAAACGAUUUGAGGGGCUGACAGCCCGAGGGGCAAUCCCAUCCUAUAUGAAAGCAGAAGUUACUGCUCAUGAAGAUGAAGAACCUCGAGCCUUCCAAGCAUUGUUCAAGCUUCCCCAGGCAGCCAACAGCCUUUAGGGCUGGCCUCCACUGUACCCAGCCAGAGUACCAGCCUGACCAAAAACCAGGAAUGACAUUGCUGAAGGGCAAAUCAGUUACAAACUGGAAGGAAGGAGUUUGCCUUAAUCUGCACAGCAGCCCAAAUUCUGCAAUUGGAUGUGUGUGGGGUGCCCCCAUUGAAGCCAAUGGGAAUUUUCAACAAAUAGCUGCAGCAAUUGUAAAAGAGGAAGACAAAACUACCUACAGGUUCUGCCAAGGUAAAUUCAGUUUGCAUGGCUGUGCUGAAAGACUCUGGCUUAUCAUGCAUGUGCAGCAAGAAACGGUGGUUCUUCAGCUACAGAGCCAUUACUAAAGGAGCUUCACACAUUUCACAGGCUAAGUCAGACUGCUUUAUUUGGCAAAAUAUUAUCUAGAUUUGUUUUCAUUCCACACCACCGUCUACUCUGGUUAAGCUCAACAGCACAACCAUGUCCUUAAUAAAAAGAGGUGA